AUGCUGCGCAUCGCGCUGCUCUCGGGCGAAGACCUGGCGAGCAUUCCUGUUGCAGAACUGAGUGAUGUAAGGGCCUUGAAGCAGCGAUUGCAUCAGGAGCAUGGCCUUCCACCACGCUUUAGGCAACGGCUGCUUCAUGAAGGCAUGAAUUUGGGUGACGCCUUCCAGCUGGACUUGCCCAUGGAUCUAGAGAUUGUGAUUUUGGCCUUCUCCGAGGUCUCCUUCAGCCAGCGAAAAGAGCUGGGGGAUGCCGCGAGAGAAGGCGUCGGGACCGAGGUUGAAGCAUUGCUGCAGCUGCCUUUGGAUCCAAACGAGGACACCAGCUACACCUUCAAGCCACUGCAGUUAGCAGCUAUGCGAGGCCAUGUUGAGGUGGCGAGACUUCUACUGGAGGCCGGCGCUGACAAGGACUUCACGGACAGGAUGGGUUUCACGGCUUUGAUGAGAGCAGCAAGCGCAGGUCGCACUGAAGUCUUGCGAUUCCUUCUGGAGGCAGGUGCUCAGACAGACUUGCGCAACGACGAUGGCUUCACCGCACUGAUGCUGGCAUGUCAACAUGGGCACUGCCACACUGCUCGAGUGUUGCUGGCGGCCGGUGCUGAACAUACUUUGACAAACACUUUCGGCCGCACAGCGCUCAUGCUGGCAAGCGAGUCGGGCAAUGCGGAAGUUGUACGAGUGCUCUUAGAAGAAGGCACCGACAAGGAUUUCUCCUCACAGAACGGUUCGACGGCCUUGAUGUGGGCAGCAAAAGCAGGUCAUGCUGAAGUGGUGGAGCUGCUGCUGUCGGCCGAUGCUCAGAAAGACUUGAAAAACAAGAUGGGCUUCUCUGCAGUCGAUUUGGCGGCCGACCACGGCCACUUCGAGAUCCUCCAGUUGCUGCUGGACGCUGGCGCUCAAAACACUUUGCUGGAAGACUCUUCGGCUCAAUCUGCGGAAGGAUCCCCGCCGGCCGUGGCAUAG